AUGAGAGUACGUGAUGGAGAAGGAGAUUUUUCCGAAUGGCUGUUAAAACUUUGUAGUGGAACAAUACCUGUCAAGGAGGAAGAUCCUUUUAAGGGAUGUAUUGAAAUACCGCAACAGUGCAUUAUUAGAGAAAACGAAUCAAUUGUUGAAAAAAUAUUUGGAGAUGCUCAACAAGAUGAUUAUGCUAAACGUGUCACUUUAACACCCACUAAUGUGGAUUCAUUGUCAAUCAAUGAAGAAGUGCUCGAACGAAUACAUGGAGAGGUCAAAACUUAUUUAAAUGCUAAUCAAAUAGGCACUGACAAUCUUAAUGAAAUAAAUAAUUUCCCUGUUGAGUUUUUGAACAGCUUAACUCCUUCAGAAAUUUUCGAUCUUAAAGCUGGGCUAUGUAAUGGAACCCGAAUGAAAGUUUGUGCUCUCCAAAACAAUUAUAUUGAUGCAGAGGUUUUGACAGGUGUUUCUGAAGGUAAACGGAUUUUUGUUCCUCGAAUUCAGUUGGCUCCAUCAGUUUCUAAUUUACCUUUUGUUCUAAAACGUCGUGUGUUUCCUGUCAGAUUGGCUUAUUCGAUGACAAUCAAUAAAAGUCAAGGUCAAACAUUUGAUAGAGUUGGGUACUUCGAAAAAGAUUUUAUAGCUGCCUUUUCUAUAAAUGUUUAUAUUAAUUGCAAUAUUAAAAGGUUACAAAAACAGAAAGCUCGUAUAGAAGCAUUGCAUUAUAAUUUAAAGAAAGCUCGUAUAGAAGCAUUGCAUUAUAAGAAAAUGUUAAACAUAAUAAAGACUGAAUAUGAGGAAUGUUUAAAGUGUACCAAAAGUACACUUGCAUACAGACUCAAAUAUGUGGGUUUUCCGCCAAAUUAUGUUAUUAACUUAUAUGUCAAAUUGGACUAA